AUGGCGACUUCAAAUCGAAUGUCUGUUUACUCAGGAGCCUCGACUCCAAACGGCGUCCGGACUGCGGUGCAACAGUCCACGCAAGUCUCGACGACCACCCUGCUCAACGCUCUACACACAGCCUAUGCAUCAGGUCAACCAUACCGAUUAGAUGCAAGCACCAGCUUGGUUGUGAACACCUGGCUGACAGCUGCCCACCCGAGCGUGGAAGGUCAUGAGGGAGGGACCGUUGAUAAUGAAUUGGCACGCCAAGCUUGGGAGCACGCUCGACGGCGGGCUGAAGAUGCUUGCAUUGUCCUGGGAUCUUUGCAUCACUCGACUCCAUCGCUCCUAGUACCCUUUAUAUCAAAGCUUCCGCUCGCUAUUCCGUCUUCUGUAUAUACUGCCCUCUCCGUUCUUCGACCUUUUACGCAUUGUGUGACUCCUCACAACCCUUCGACGCCUCGACACUCUGCCGUAGCGGCCACCUUCAGCGUCACCCUUGCGGGCAACAUUAGCGGAGCUUCGUUAGCCUUCUCCAAAUCUGGCAUAGAUCUAUCGCAAGGGCUCCUGCACAUACCGGAAGAGGCCGGCUACCGAGCAUUCGACGUUUUCUACUAUCUCCUCACAUCCGCUUCUACCCCUGCGGAGCGGGAAUUUCUGAGCCUCAAAAGUCCAUCAACUUAUGGUCUCCUGAACAGAUCUGGCACCUACUCGCCUCCUAGCUUUCUUCCGACAGCAGACGACGCAGCAGCAUCAGAAGACUUCCGAGCUUCGUUAAAGGCAGUAGGAAUAAAAGGAGCCUCUUUUCGCAAUUUGCUCUCAACAUUGGCAGCGCUCCUCAAACUUGGUGAGACUGUUGGCCUGUUAAUUGACCAAGAAGACCUUGAAGAAAUAUGUGAAGAUGUUGGGGGCCUCAUUGGGAUUGAGCCGGAGGUUCUCAUGCGCAAGUGCAGCACAGACGAGAGGGAAAUCCUGAUAUCCGGAAUCUAUGAGACUCUCGUGGACUGGGUGCUACUGAAAGCAAACACUUCCAUCAAGGAAGAUUUGCAAAGAGUACGUGAAGGUGACGAUUCAAGUGAGAGUGGACUUGGGGCACGAACCCCGAGAACAGACGAGGAAAGAGAAGAUACUGUCAAUAUCACCGUCGUGGAAAUCCCUAGUCAAGAACUCGGAAGGGCUGUCGCCUUACGCGGCGUUUUCGAUGACAACCUUGGAAUUCUCGCGGAAAUGAAGGAAGAUGGCAUUGACGUCACGCAAGCCGGUCAUUCAGUCGUCAAAGAGAUGCACAAUGCUGUCGCAGAUGUAGCUGCAGAUUUGAGCUUGACUACCACGCCUGCAAGCCGCGAAAAGACGGCUGAAAGAGAACGCCAAGAGGAUCUCCUUUUGCGAAUCGGAGAAGAAGCCGAGCUGGGAGGUUUCUUGAGAAAGAUAAUCCACCCACAGGAAGGUCAGGACGUGAGACGUGGCAUGCAAGCGAGAAUGGAUCUUCCUGAUGUCCUUGGAAGCAGUAGAAACUGGUAUCAUCUUUCGCUACAUCCCACAGACGAGCCAUUAGCAACCCUCAGCAGCUUAGCAUCAACAACAUCGGCUUGGUCUGCAGGUUCAGUAUCCAAAGAACUCCGGUCUUGGCGUCUGCCAGAAUGGGCCAACUACCGUAAUAAAGCUUUAGACUUUACCGCCGAUUUCGAUAUUGACGAAUUUGUCACUCGUUACUCGCGCCUAGGAUGUCAGGAUGGGCGAGACGGCGUCGAGAGCUGGAUUUUGGAACGUGGCUGGAGCAAUGGUGAAGUCGUUGUUGGUCAUGACCGUGUCUGGAUUCGGGAAGGUGCAUGGUGGGAUGCCGAAAGUAUGCUAGAUAUCAAGCCUGCCGAAAACGGUAUGCAUACGCAGCAGCAGUUCGACAUGAUGGGUGGACACGGUAUGGACAGCAGCUACUCCGCGAUGACACCCGGUCAUAAUGGCAGUGGUUUCUUUCCUCCGAUGGAAGGAGAUUACGGGAGCCGCGACAAUCUAUUGCAGAGACAACAAAGUUCGGCUACUCUUGCACAAAGCGCGAUGGGAAUAGCGAAGUCUAUUGCACCCACCGCAGCCAAGACCCUCAAUACAAUGGCUGGUGACUACGGACUAGGCGUCAAAGGCGACGAAAAACGCAACAUUUCCUACUAUGACGACGAGAUAGGACAAUAUACCGGCGGUUUGGAUCCUGAGCUAGCUGAGCCGAAAUCUGUGACAUCUCAGCCCAUAGAUAAAACGCGUCGUCUCUGGGUAGCCUUCGUAUGGGCUUUGACUUUCUGGAUCCCCUCAUUUGUCUUGAGAUAUGUUGGCCGAAUGAAACGACCUGAUGUGCGGAUGGCUUGGAGAGAAAAGAUAGUCCUGACACUUCUGAUAUUUUUCCUAAAUGCCGUAGUCAUAUUCUACAUUGUUGAAUUUGGGCGCCUCUUAUGCCCCAACUUUGACAAGGCUUGGAACCAGAAGGAAGUCGGCUAUCAUCAAGGCAACGGUGACUUUUGGGUGAGCAUUCACGGGAAAGUCUAUGAUAUAACGAAGUUCGCCAAGCAUUCUCACGGAGACAUUGAACCAGUCGCCGAUUCAACAGCAAUGGCACCGUUCGCAGGAUUGAAUCUGGAUGAGUAUUUUCCUGUACCAUUGACGGUGGGAUGUAGAUUUCUUGUCAACGAUGAAGUCCCCAAAUUACUGGCGAACACCACACCCAUGUACCCGAAUGGUAUCCACACGUCAGGCCCAACUUACCAAUCCAAUCCAAACACACAUCUUCACGACAUAGAUUGGUACACUACUAGGUUCCUUCCGGAAAUCAAAAAAUACUACAAGGGUGAUCUAGUUACCACCAAGAGCGCCGUUUCCUCUCAAGCCGACAAAUCAAGCAGACAAUGGAUCAUUCUGAAAGGUAAAAUCUAUGACCUCACUGAUUAUUUCUAUACCAAGAAAACACAGAACAACAUCGAUUCUUAUUCUUUCAUUCCCUCAAAGGUAUCUGAUCUGAUACAAGCAAACGCUGGUUCUGAUAUAACGGAUCAAUGGGAUGACAACAACCCAGAUUUUGGCAAGACGCUCAAUUGUAUGGACAAUACCUUCUAUCAGGGAAAGACCGAUUUCAGAGACACCGCAAAGUGUCAAGUUAACAACUACAUUCUGCUGGCUUUCACAAUCGUUCUAUGUGCGGUUAUCUUGACGAAAUUCUUGUCAGCUUUACAAUUCGGCUCUAAGCGUCGACCUGCCCCUCAAGAUAAAUUUGUCAUUUGUCAGGUUCCUGCCUAUACUGAGGGCGAAGAUCAGCUACGGAAAGGUCUGGACUCCUUGACUGCGCUUCAAUAUGACAACAAGAGAAAAUUGAUCUGCGUCGUCUGCGACGGCAUGAUUGUUGGGGGUGGCAAUGACCGCCCAACUCCCAAGAUCGUUCUUGACAUUCUUGGCGUCGACCCCAAAAUUGAUCCUCCAGCCCUUCCGUUCAAGGGAGUCGGCCAAGGCAGCGAACAGCUAAACUAUGGAAAAGUCUACUCGGGUCUGUAUGAAUAUGAAGGCAAUGUUGUGCCAUACAUUGUGGUUGUCAAGGUCGGAAAGGAGUCGGAGCAAACGAAGUCGAAGCCAGGUAACCGUGGAAAGCGAGACUCCCAGAUUCUCCUUCUCAGCUUUCUCAAUCGCGUUCACCACAGGUCGCCAAUGUCACCACUAGAGCUCGAGAUGUUCCACCAGAUUAACAACAUCAUUGGUGUUGAUCCAGAGCUUUAUGAGUAUCUCUUUAUGGUCGACGCAGACACAAGUGUCAAAGAAGACUCGCUCAACCGCCUCGUUGCAAGCUGCGCCAAUGAUGCGAAGAUUGCUGGUAUUUGCGGUGAAACUAGUCUGGAAAAUGAAGAGAGGAGUUGGUGGACCAUGAUCCAAGUCUAUGAGUACUAUAUAUCGCAUCAUCUGGCCAAGGCAUUCGAGUCGCUCUUUGGCUCUGUCACUUGUUUACCCGGAUGGUAG